UACCUCUAAUAGAAAGUAAGAGUAAGACAGUGAGAGUGAGAGAGAGAGAGAGAGACAGAGAGGGAGAAAAGCCAAAAAGGAGGGGGGCUCUGUAGAAAAACAGACUAAGGGGCUGCUGUGGUAGAGGUGACAGAGUCGGUGUUAAGACUAUGACAGAGCUGGAGGAAACAUGUUCAGGUGUUCAGCUUUUAUCAAUGGACUCCAAACUAAAAGGUAACCAAGUCUGCAUCUGUAGCGUAUGAAUGAACUAAACUGCGGAAACCCUUGAUAAAGUUUGGACACUUAUACAUACUGUGCUCAUUAGGGACACGGUUACUAAAGAGGAACUUUAGAGUUCGGGCUACCUGCUGAUUCUCCGGCGAAUGAGCACGUCAUGUAUUGGUAGGCUUCAAAACAACAUCCACUGCAGGGGAAACGUCUCUGACAGAAGAUCGUGAGGAGGAGAGAGGGGGGGGGGGACGACAAGAGAAAAAUAUCCAUGGAUUUUGUCAUGACUUUAUUCACAGAAGAGCCUUAAAUCAAACCUUCACGAGAAGGCAAGGGAUUUAAAGGAGGAAAGAGCGAGAGAGAGAGAGAGAGAGAGAGAGAGUGGUGGAGAUCAACGCAUUUAUCUGAGACCGUUCUUGUAAGGGUGCUACGGUCUGCAGUAUGAUUCUCCCUGUGGUUUUUCCUCUGGUGCUGCUGCUGGUCUGCGGGCCGGGCUCCACACUGCAGGCGGAGGCCGAGGAGUUGGAGAGCAUAGAUGAGGUUCUGGAGCGGGAGUUCCUCUUCGCCGGACGCACCAAGCGUGCUGCGUCCGCUGACGCCUCCUCGCAAGUAGACAAGUGCUCCUACACUUUUAUCGUCCCCCAGCAGAAGCAAACCGGCGCCAUCUGCGUUAACUCCAAGGAGCCCGACAGCCUCCUAGAGAACCGGGUCAACAAACAGGAGCUGGAGCUACUGAACGGCGAGCUUCAGAAGCAGCGGCGACAGAUGGAGUCGCUGCAGCAGCUGGUGGAGGUGGACGGCGGCAUCGUCAACGAGGUCAAGCUCCUGCGCAAGGAGAGCCGCAACAUGAACGCUCGCGUCACGCAACUCUACAUGCAGCUGCUACACGAGAUCAUCCGCAAGCGGGACAACGCCCUGGAGGUGUCUCAGCUGGAGAAUCGUGUGCUCAACCACACCUCUGAGAUGGGUCGGCUGGCUUCGCGCUACCGUGACCUGGAGCACAAGUACCAGCACUUAUCCGCCCUCGCCGGCAACCAGAGCGCCAUCAUCGUGCAGUUGGAGCAGCAUUGCCGCCGAGGGGGCCACUCGUAUGGGGGAGAGAGAGAAAGGUCUCGUCCUGUUCGCCCUCAGCCCCCCGUGGUGCCACAGCAACCUACGCAGCAGAGGCCGGUAGCGUCACCAGUGGCUAGUAAACCCUACCAUCCACCCACAUACACCCGCAGCAACCAGAUCACCAAUGAAAUCCAGAGCGACCAGAACUCCAAAGCGUUGCCACCUCCGCUGCCCACCAUGCCCAGUGGCACUCACCAGCCAUCCACAACAAACAAGCCCUCAGGGCCUUUCAAGGACUGCCUUGCUGCUCUCGAGGAGGGUCACGCCACCAGUGGCAUGUACCUGGUCAAGCCUGAGAACGCCAACCGGUUGAUGCAGGUGUGGUGUGACCAGAGGCACGACCCCGGCGGCUGGACAGUCAUUCAGAGACGCCAGGACGGCUCCGUCAACUUCUUCAGGAACUGGGACACCUACAAGCAAGGGUUUGGUAACAUUGACAGUGAAUACUGGCUGGGUCUUGAAAACAUCUACUGGCUGACCAACCAGGGCAACUACAAGCUUCUGGUGAUGCUGGAGGACUGGUCCGGUCGCAAGACCUUUGCCGAAUACGCCAGCUUCCGUAUUGAGGCAGAGGCAGACUUCUACAAACUAAGAGUGGGUCGCUACCAUGGCAACGCCGGGGACUCCCUCACAUGGCACAACGGCAAGCAGUUCACCACGCUGGACAGGGACCACGACGUGUAUACAGGUAACUGUGCCCAUUACCAGAAGGGUGGCUGGUGGUAUAACGCCUGCGCCCACUCCAACCUGAACGGUGUGUGGUACCGGGGCGGGCACUACCGCAGCCGAUACCAGGACGGCGUCUACUGGGCCGAGUUCCGCGGGGGCGCUUACUCCCUGAAGAAAGUGUCCAUGAUGAUCCGACCCAACCCAAACACCUUCCACUAAAGACCACCGUUUUUCCAAGAGCGAGAGAACCAACCGCAGGAAAAACUUUUAUUUUAUUUUUGUAAACGGGCAUUUUCUCCAACUUGACCUCUGUCCUGAGGUGCAAUUCAUUUCAGCUUCUGUCUUGGCUUUUUGUUUUCUUCCGAUUCCUUUAAUCGCUUUACAUUCAUAAAUAUAUAGAUAUUAGCAUACAAGUGCAACGGCUGUCUUGUGUAUGGCUCACAGGGACAGGGUGGUGUUUCCCCCCACAGGUUUCAAAGCCCUCUUUGCCGGAUUCCCCCAGCGUUCUAUGGAGGCACAGGGCCACAUGGUUUACCUUCUCGGAAGAACUACCAGGGUAGUCAAGUUCCCUCUGAGGAGCUUGCAAAAACAAUUGCAACUACAAAGACAGGCCCUGUGCCUUUCGGACACAGACUUUGCACAUAUGCUUUGCAUGAAUGCAGAAGUGAUGGUGCAGCUUUUUCGUUGUGUUGUUCUACAGUUGCUGACAAAUGAAACCAAGAGAGAAGUUUGUAUUACAGGUUGUUUUUUUUGUUGUUGUCAUUGGUUGUGGGGGGGGGGGGAGGGGGAAAUAUUUUUUGGGGAUGUUUAUUGUGGUUGUUAAAUAUACAUACAGCACAUCUCCAUAAAGUUUAUAUUUGACCGUUUCCAUUCACUACUGUUAUCUGGCUGUUUAAGCAAUAUUAGUAAUGAUGCUUUUAAGUUGUUGUUUUUUUCCACUAUGAGGAAACAUGACACAGGAAUUCAUAUCUGGUGACCCUAUCCAAAAACACUCACUGGAGAAAAAAAAAAAAUGGUAUUAGUUUGUUUUCUUUCCUAACAUUUUAAGAAUGUGUACAGGAAGUGAUCCCAACUAUUUUGAAAGGAGGCAUCUUUCCCUGCAGUAACAAGUGUCUAUAUUUUGGCCAAACUACUGAGCCAACAAAGAAGCUCAUCCAUUUCCACAGCAGAGCAGAGAUUCGUGGCAACUUCAGCUUUUGCUCUGCUCAGCUACUGUGAGGAAUUUCCUGUAAGGGAGGAGUGGCUGGCCGAGUGAGUGUCAUGGGGUUUGAAGGGGAGGAUGGAGAGGAUGGAGAGAAAGGGGAGGUUGCGUGGAAAGGAGUCUUCAUCGAUGUGUCCUGAUGAACCAUUAGGGAGAAUGAGGUCAACCAAAUCGAUCUGACCUCCCUCCAGAGGUGUGUUGACACUGCAGAUGCAUCACAGAGAGCCUCCUAAAUUACUGUUUUACCAGAAGGAGGGCAAGGGAAGACCUGAAGCUGAAAGGUGAUGCUUUCGAAAUGGCCAGCAUGCCAUCAAAAUAUAUGUUCAGUGAGCAUACCUUUUUAAAGUGAGAUUACGGCCCCCACCAGUUACGUAACUAACCACCGUCCUAAAACGACCCCCGACUCAUCCCAGUUAACCGCUCACAAUCCUUAUAAUCUCCUUUCAUGCAGUCCGAGCUUUAAGGCAAGAUGGAAGAUCGUAGAAAGAACAACAUUGCAGCUUCAAUGAUUCAGAUGGGCGAUCUAACGAGGCCACUUGCUCGGAGCAUUUUGCCAAACCAGAAGUCAAAUAAGGUUAUAUGGUGUCCUGUUUCACACACAUACAAGUGUGUAACCUGUACAGUGUGUAACCUGUAGUGUGUAAUCUGUACAGUGUGUGGAGUUAAAUGGAAAUGUGUUUUUUUUGCGUAUUCUACUCCUCCUGACCCCUGCCAUUAUUGACAGGGACCCUGGAGCAAAUACGUUUAAAGUUUUUAAUGUCACGUGCACAAGUACAGUGAAAUGUCUUUCUUGCAAGCUCUAAACCAAACAAUGCAAUAAUCAAUAUUACAGCUACUGGCCCAACGCUCUAACCACUAGUCUACCUGCUAUCACAACGAGACCAAGUGUGUCUAACUCGAUUAUUACAAAUCCCUUUCGGGUGAGAUCUUAAUCUCACUUCAGUUCCCUGUAGUGUUCACACAACGUCAGACAAGUGGUUCCCUGUAGUGUUCACACAACGUCAGACAAGUGGUUCCCUGUAGUGUUCACACAACGUCAGACUAGUGGUUCCCUGUAGUGUUCACACAACGUCAGACAAGUGGUUCCCUGUAGUGUUCACACAACGUCAGACAAGUGGUUCCCUGUAGUGUUCACACAACGUCAGACUAGUGGUUCCCUGUAGUGUUCACACAACGUCAGACAAGCAGUUCCCUGUAGUGUUCACACAACGUCAGACAAGUGGUUCCCUGUAGUGUUCACACAACGUCAGACAAGAGGUUCCCUGUAGUGUUCACACAACGUCAGACAAGCAGUUCCCUGUAGUGUUCACACAACGUCAGACUAGUGGUUCCCUGUAGUGUUCACACAACGUCAGACAAGAGGUUCCCUGUAGUGUUCACACAACGUCAGACAAGAGGUUCCCUGUCGUGUUCACACAACGUCAUGUCAAUAAUUCAGUCCUCUCUGUACAUAAGUUAUCCUCAUUAAGGUUAUUUUUGUAAGGUAUCAAUCUGCUGUGUAUCAACUAGAGCAUUCAGGGCACGAACCACCCAGUGUAUAAUCAACUAGAGCAUUCAGAGCUCGAUCCACCCAGUGUAUAAUCAACUAGAGCAUUCAGAGCUCUAACCACCCAGUGCAUAAUUAACUAGAGCAUUCAGAGUUCGAACCACCCAGUGUAUAAUCAACUAGAGCAUUCAGGACUCGAACCACCCAGUGUAUAAUCAACUAGAGCAUUCAGAGCUCGAACCACCCAGUGCAUAAUCAACUAGAGCAUUCAGAGCUCGAACCACCCAGUGUAUAAUCAACUAGAGCAUUCAGGGCUCGAACCACCCAGUGUAUAAUCAACUAGAGCAUUCAGGGCACGAACCACCCAGUGUAUAAUCAACUAGAGCAUUCAGGGCUCGAACUACCCAGUGUAUAUUCAACUAGAGCAUUCAGAGCUCGAACCACCCAGUGUAUAUUCAACUAGAGCAUUCAGAGCUCGAACCAUCCAGUGUAUAUUCAACUAGAGCAUUCAGAGCUCAAACCACCCAGUGUAUAUUCAACUAGAGCAUUCAGAGCUCGAACCACCCAGUGUAUAUUUAACUAGAGCAUUCAGGGCUCGAACCACCCAGUGCAUAAUAAACUAUGUCCAGUCACUUUGGUGUUUUCUUUUGGACAGCUGUGGAGGUGAAUGAACUGAUACAGCACCCAGAUAGAAACUGGGUCAGAUACACAGAGGUUUUGUCAAAGCAUUAAAUGUGAUAACAUGAAGAAUGAACACAGACAAACAGGCUAAGGAUACAAGCAUUCCAUUAAACAAAACAAAAAAUCA